CCUGCUCCUGCUCCGGCCCGCCCCGCUGUGCCCGCUCCGCUCCCCGCUCCCUUCCGCCUGCUUUCCGCCGCUCGCCCCGGAGCGCCGGCUCUCACCGGGCAGCCGGAGGUGUGCCCGCUCUGUCCUUCAGCCCGGCCAUCAAGGUAUCUGUGGAGAUAGUCUGAAGAUGAACUUCCUUCUGGAAACACUCAAAGUCAUUGGACUUCUUUUUUACUACUUGCUGGAGUCGUUUGUGUUCUUGAUUGUGCCUAAAAGGAAGAAGAGUGUCAGUGGUGAAAUUGUAUUAAUAACAGGAGCAGGAAGUGGGAUUGGAAGACACUUAUCUUUAAAGUUUGCCAGCCUUGGAGCCACAGUGGUUCUCUGGGACAUUAAUGAAGAGGGGCUGAAGGAGACGAGUAAGCUGGUCAGAAAAAAUGGAGCAGUAAGAGUGCACAGUUACAUCUGUGACUGCAGCAAACGGCAGGACAUCUACAGAGUAGCUGAUCAGGUUAAAAAAGAAGUUGGUGAUGUUACCAUCCUAAUCAACAAUGCUGGCAUUGUCACUGGGAAGAGGUUCAUGGAUUCUCCAGAUUCACUUGUGGAAAAAACCAUGGAAGUGAACACAAUGGCACACUUCUGGACUUACAAAGCCUUCCUACCAGCCAUGGUGGCCUCUAACCACGGACACUUGGUCAGCAUUGCAAGUGGUGCAGGACUGGUUGGAAUCAAUCGUCUCUCAGAUUACUGUGCCAGCAAACAUGCAGCAGUUGGUUUUGCAGAGUCGGUUGACUUAGAGAUGAAAGAUCUGGGAAAGAAUGGUGUCAAAACCACAAUUGUGUGUCCCUUUGUCAUAAACACAGGAAUGUUUGAUGGCUGUCAAGCCAAAUGGCCAACUUUGCUUCCCAUCCUGGAGCCAGAGUAUGUGGCUGAGAAGAUAGUGACAGCAGUUCGUCGGGACCAGGAAAUUCUGGCACUGCCACGCAGUAUUUACUUUUUAAUAGCUCUGAAAACUAUGUUCCCAGUGAAAGCAGGUAUUCUCCUCAUGGAUUAUAUAGGAGUCUUCCGUUUAAUGGAGACCUUCAGAGGUCGAGCGAAGAGGAAUUGAAAGGUGCAGAAUUCAGACCAGCAGCUUUGAAGUGGACCUUGUUAAAAGUGGUGGUGGGAAGUGUCUGCCCUAGCAGCUGCAAACUUCACGUGCCUCACUUGUCAGCAGCACAUUUUAAUGCAAUUGCUUUUUAAUUGGUUCUUACUUAACAGCUUUCUCUCAAACUAUUUUUUUAAUGGCUUUCAUUCAAACUAUUUUUUUUAAACCAGUGAACUGUUUUCACCUUAUGAUAGAAAUACAUUAAUUGAAAUUAGUUCCUUUUGGUGAUGUCUGCUGUAAUGCCUUAAAUAUGACCCUGCAUCACAAACUUAACAAUGGGCAAGUCAAGGGGAGGAGGGACCAAGAAACCACAUGUACUUGUCAGGGAGCCAGGAGAGCCUCACAUGGACCUGACUUCUCCCUGCCAUUCACUGAACCAUGAGGAAGGGCUGCACUGCUGGUGCCUUUCCCGUUCUCUGGGAAGCUGAAGAACUCCAGAGCUUCCUGAAACAACAAAUUGGAAUCAAGUUAUACAAAUGGAAGUCUUGUAAAAUGGAAGUAUUUGCUGUGUGGGUGCAAACCAAAUGAAACACAACAAUUUCUGGAGAUGAUCUUGGCACUCACUGCUAGCUGUGGAUGUAAAUUUGGUAUUUAUGCUGCUAAUCUUUUUGUCUAAUUUAUUUUAAAAGCUAAUACUACAACAUUUGUAGUAGAAGUCUUUUGUAUUUUCUAAGUGCACUGUUAUAAGAACAACUGGAAAAUUUCUUCUCCUGUGCAGAAUAAACUUGUAGCUAUAAAGCAUAA